CCGCACUUGCUUUGUACAUGGCUAUUAUCCAAACACUACUGUAAAAGGCCUAAGCUGGGCCGCAUGUGUCACAAAAAAUAUACUUUACACCAAUAAGCUUACUUUGAAAUUAUGCAAUCAUCUAAUGUUGCCCCUGAUACAUUCACAUGGUAUGCACAUUGUAUGUUCAUCCCUCAUGGAAGCAUUGAAUAAUGGAAGCCAACCUGAAAGGGUCCUACAGUUGAUGAAAUUCAUGAAGCAAAAACAGAUACCGUUGAACCAAAAGGCUUAUUUUGAGAUAAUAGCUUCAUGCAGCAUGCUACGGGAAUGGAAAACAGCCAGUAAAAUAAUUGAGCAAUUGGAUUCCUCCCUCUCAUCCAUUUCUGUUGGCACACUAAACCAUCUUUUGAAUUUUCUUGGAACCGUGCAAGUGAUUGUUUGUCUAAAAAAACAGUAUAGUGAUGACUGUUUUUGUAUUUGCACUGAAUUAAGGAAUGCAUAUUCCUCUAAUCUGUUCACUCAAAUUUUAGAAAAUAUUUAUGAGACAAGAAGCAAGAGCUUUACCUGGGAUUGGGCGAAGAGGAGGCCGGCGCCGUUUCCGGUGAAGCGCAGGGCGUUGGGGCGGCCCCGGGACGAGGUUGCGCCGGCGAGGCACCAGGCGGCGACGACGACGAGGCGCGCAGUGGCGCGGCCGAGGACGACGAGGUCGGGGCAGCGCGCGGGGCCGGGGCAGGGCGGCGUCGGGGCGGCGCCGGGGGACGAGCUCGCGCUGGCGCGGCGGGGGACGCGAGUGCUGCGCGGCCGGCACGGCGUGCCGGGCCGGGGAGGUCGACGACGACGCGCGGCGGCGCACGCGGGGGAGGGACGGCCGGGGACGGGGGCGGCGGCGAACGUCGAUCUGAAUUUUGUGAAGUGUGGGAGAGAAGGGAUUUAUGGGGGGAGUGCUCGGUUAGUGCCGGCUAACAAUACCAGCCGGCACUAACGUGCCCUCUGUGACGUCAUCUGGCCAUGUUAGUGCCGGCUG